ACCAACAGUCAUGAUUGAAGACCAUCAUAAACGAGGACAGCCUCGCAGUUAGUAGGACCACAGGACACGAACCACGAUGCAAUCUCAAAUACUGAUCGUGUCUGUGGCUUUUGCCAUUGUCACUGCGGCGCCAAGUCAACUGAAGACUACGGAAGAACGUUACACCUAUUCCAUCCCAGGAGGAGUAGCUUUCUCAGAAACUAUUUCACAAGAAACUGCAGCCAGUUCAGGAGGGCCUGGAGCCCAGGUAGGUGGCACCGCCUUCGGAGCAAGUUCAAGUCUAGGAGCCGCUGCUAGCCAAGGAGCCGGCAGCCAAUUCGGUGUUUCUGCAAGCCAAGGAGCCGCCAGUCACUUCGGUGUUUCAGCAAAGCAAGGAGCUGCUGCUAGCCAAGGAGCCUCAAGCCACUUCGGAGCUUCAGCAAGCCAAGGGGCUGCUGCUAGCCAAGGAGCCGCCAGCCAAUUUGGUGUUUCAUCAAGCCAAGGAGCUGCUGCUAGCCAAGGAGCCUCAAGCCACUUCGGUGUUUCUGCAAGCCAAGGAACCGCUGUUCGCCAAGGAGCCGCAAGCCAAUUCGGAGCUUCAGCAAGCCAAGGAGCUGCUGCUAGCCAAGGAGCCGCAAGCCAAUUCGGAGCUUCAGCAAGCCAAGGAGCUGCUGCUACCCACGCUGCUGGUGCUGGAGCUGGAUCUGCGGUGGCUACAGGAAUUUCUGGCCUUAAUAGUGGUUUCAAAACUAGCAGCACAAAAGGCGAAGCAACCGGAGUUUCUGGAAGUGCAUUUAGCAGCAGCAGCAGCAGCUCCAGCGCUUCUUCAGCAGCAGAAUCAGUUGCAAUCGUCAGCGACGUGCGGGCGGGGCCUGAUGAGACUGGAGCUUACAGCUUCAACGUCGAGGGCGCCGAUGGAACUGUCUUUCAGGAGAAGGGCGAGCCAGGGGCCAAUGGAGGCAUCGUGCAAACUGGAUCAUACAAGUAUCUUUUGCCCGACGGCCAACUUUUUGAACUGAGCUACGUUGCUGACGAACAAGGCUUCAAGCCAACCUCGAACGCCCUUCCUCCACUUCCAGCCUUCGUGUUGGAGCAAAUAGAGUUUGCUGCCAGAAAUCCAGAGCCUGAGGAAGCCGCAAGCCAAGUCGGAGCUUCAGCAAGCCAAGGGGCUGCUGCUAGCCAAGGAGCCGCAAGCCAAUUCGGAGCUUCAGCAAGCCAAGGGGCUGCUGCUAGCCAAGGAGCCGCAAGUCAAUUCGGAGCUUCAGCAAGCCAAGGGGCUGCUGCUACCCAUGCUGCUGGUGCUGGAGCUGGAUCUGCAGUGGCUGCGGGAGGUGCAUCCGCAGGCUCGAGCCAAAGUACUUUCGGCGGUAUUUCGUUUGGCGCCGGAGCGUCGCAAGGGACUGGUGGAGCAUCAGCAGGAAGCAGUCUAGUUGGCGCACCGAGAUUUGGAGCUAGUUUCUCACAAGGAACUUCUAGUGCUGCUGGAGGACUCAGCGUUGGAGGUGCAGCAGCGAGCAACGUUGGAGGUUCCCCUGGAGCAUCAUUUGGCUCCGGGUUUGGAGCUUCAGCAGGCGGUAGCCUGAGGCAACCCGGCAAGCCUGCCCAGUCCUACCUGACCCCCAACGCGAAAUAAUUCAACACAUUUGCUCACGAAUCGCUCCGAUGAACGUUCCAACUUUGUGAAUCCUCGAACGAUACCUAUAGAUCGUAAUUAUAUAUUCUUAUGUAAGCCAGCAUCAUUCUUCCAUUCGAUUUCACAUAUUUCUUCACGAUUGAUGCACAUUCGAUUAUUUUGUUGCUUUCUUCAUUCAUGGGAAGCAUCAUAUUUUCUAAAUUUGUAGCAAAUGCUAAAAUUCUGAACUUCUAGCAAAAGCACAUUUUAUUAGCAAAUAAAUUCAUUUUAGCGCCCUUUAAAAUAUAAUUGUAGACUUCACUUCGAAUUUUCAGACAAACUAAUUUGUUCAGUAUUUUAGCUAAAAGUCCUUUAAUAAACACGAAUUUUUAAUAAC